AUGGAUGUCGUUCUCGAGGCCUUUGACCUCCUGAUAGGGGACCGGCUGUACGCGACCGCCCUUCCAGCGUCUCUCACAGCGUCGCCCUCCUUCUCCACGUUCAUUGAGGAAACAAACAAUACGCUGGCGUUGUUUGGCGAUGCGCAGUCUUAUGUGUACAAGCCGGCAACUUCAUACGUGUACAUCGAGCCGUCCAAAUAUGCCUACCUGAGUGCCUGGCCUCGCGAUAAUGUUUACAGGCAGGUCUUUGGGCUCGUCCUUUACUUCGUCUUCUCGUCCUUAUCGUAUCUCGUCGUUUUUGACAAGGCCACCUUCAAGCACCCCAAGUACCUGCGCAAUCAGGUGCGCAUGGAAAUUGCUCAGACCAUGGAAGCCAUGCCCAUCAUGGCUAUUCUUACAACUCCAUUCUUCUUCGCGGAGGUUCGUGGAUACGGCAAAAUGUACGACACUUUCGCCGAGGAGCCGUUCCCCUAUUACAGUAUCUUGCAAUUUCCUCUAUUCCUCAUCUUCACCGAUUUUUGUAUCUAUUGGAUCCACCGAGGCCUCCAUCAUCCGUUGAUUUACAAGAGACUUCAUAAACCGCACCACAAAUGGAUCAUGCCUACUCCGUAUGCAUCCCAUGCGUUUCACCCGGUGGACGGCUGGGCUCAGAGUGUCCCCUACCACGUGUUUCCGUUCAUUUUCCCUCUUCAGAAGUGGGCUUACGUCGUGCUCUUCGUUUUCAUCAAUUUCUGGACUAUUAUGAUUCACGACGGUGAAUAUGUUGCCAACAGCCCCGUCAUCAACGGCGCCGCAUGCCAUACUAUGCAUCAUUUGUAUUUUAACUACAACUAUGGUCAGUACACAACUUUGUGGGAUCGAAUGGGAGGCAGCUAUCGCAAACCCAACGACGAGCUCUUCAGGCGCGAAACAAAAAUGGGGAAGAAAGAGUGGGAAAAACAAUCAAAGGAAAUGGAGGACAUUCUCCAGACUGUCGAGGGCGAUGAUGACCGUCAUUACGAGAGCAACGAGACUGUGAAGAAGACUUCUUAA